GCCUCGUCUUUCCUGAAGUGAUGGAUCUGGGAAGUGCGAGUCUGGGCGGUAUACGGUAGAUGGUUAUCAUGUCACGCUGGACUAUUUAUGUCCGUAACAGCUGACGGAUCUUCAGAAAGUUGCCCGGUCGGUCUAACCAGUCUCUCUGGAGAGAGCUGAACUCCUCAGAAAUGAGCUUCACUUCGCCCAAACUCCACCAACCUACGAGGACCGGUGGUGACUGAAGUCGUGCUGGGUUUUUUUAGUGUUUUUAUUUUUUAUUUUUAUUGCCAAUGGAAAACGUGUCAAAGUUUACUGUUCGUCUGUCCUUAAAGCAACGAUAUUGUCUCCUCCUUGGCCUCACGGUCGCAGUGAUAAUCGCUUAUCAGUUUACAAGGAACCGUCCUCCAGUUAGAAGAAUGAACCGUUCAGGGGGUCUGAGGGCCGACUCGUCUCACUUCACUUUGGAGGGGAAGCCCUUCCGCAUCCUGGGAGGAUCCAUCCAUUACUUCCGAGUCCCCCGAGCCUACUGGAAGGACCGGCUCACGAAGAUGAAGGCCUGCGGUCUCAACACUCUCACCACUUACGUGCCAUGGAACCUGCACGAGCCAGAGCGAGGCGUGUUUGACUUUGAAGACCAGCUUGACUUGGAAGCCUACCUUCAUCUUGCAGACAGCUUGGGGCUGUGGGUGAUUCUGCGUCCAGGGCCGUACAUCUGUGCUGAGUGGGAUUUAGGUGGACUACCCAGUUGGCUGCUGCGAGAUCGGAACAUGAGGCUGAGGACAACUUAUUCAGGAUUUACUGAUGCGGUCAACUCCUUCUUUGACCAUCUCAUCAAGAAAGUUGCUCCAUAUCAGUACUCCAAAGGCGGCCCAGUCAUAGCAGUUCAAGUGGAGAAUGAAUAUGGUUCCUAUGCUAAAGAUGAAGAGUACAUGCCUUUCGUCAAGGAGGCGUUAUUGUCCAGGGGCAUCACAGAGCUGCUGCUGACCUCUGAUAACAAGGAUGGACUAAGGCUUGGAGGAGUGAAAGGAGCACUGGAAACCAUCAAUUUUCAGAAACUGAACCAAAAUGAUAUCAAGCAUCUGGAUGGAGUUCAACCUCAAAAGCCUAAGAUGGUGAUGGAGUUCUGGUCCGGAUGGUUCGAUCUCUGGGGCGACCUUCAUCAUGUAUACAGUGCUGAGGACAUGAUACCCGUGGUGACAGAAAUUCUUGAACAGGGCAUGUCCAUCAAUUUUUACAUGUUCCAUGGAGGGACCAAUUUUGGCUUUAUGAACGGUGCUCUGGCCGUUGGAAUGCCAGCGCCUAAACCCAUGGUAACAAACUACGAUUACGAUGCUCCAUUAUCCGAGGCUGGGGAUUACACCACCAAGUAUCAUCUUCUAAGGAAUUUAAUCAGCCACUACCACAAUGUCCUUCUUUCAGAUGAGCCUCUCCCUGGGCCGCCGUAUCUCGUGGUGAAGAAAGCUUACCAGCCUGCGUUGGUCCAGCAGCACCUGUCUCUGUGGAGCGCUCUGCACUUCACUGAGAAGCCUUUGAAGUCAGAGAGGCCAGUGAACAUGGAGGCCCUCGCGGUCAACAACAACAACGGCCAGUCAUACGGCUACACGCUCUACGAGACGGCCAUCACCAGCGGAGGAGUUCUCAACUCCAACAACAACAUCAGAGACCGAGCGAUGGUUUUUGUGGACAGACACUUUAUCGGUGUUUUGGACUAUCAGGUGCAGGAACUAGCCGUACCUGAUGGGAAGGGAAGAAGAACCCUAAGUUUACUGGUGGAGAAUUGCGGAAGAGUGAAUUAUGGGAAAACACUGGAUGAGCAACGCAAAGGUCUUGUCGGAGAGAUUCAGUUGAACACGCACCUCCUAAGAGACUUCAUUAUUCACAGUCUGGAUAUGAAGCCAGGCUUUGUAAACAGACUUGAGAGUGCGGGUCACUGGAUGUCUAUGCGCCAGCGACCUUCUUUUCCUGCCUUUUUUCACGCCAAACUCUAUCUGAACAGAUCUCCUAAAGACACCUACAUCAAACUCCCCGGCUGGAGCAAAGGUGUUGUUUUUAUCAAUGGUAGGAAUUUAGGACGCCACUGGUCCAUUGGUCCCCAGCAAACGCUCUAUGUCCCGGCUCCCUGGCUUCACAGAGGGGACAACCAGGUCAUAGUGUUUGAAGAACAGGAAACGGAUGGUAAAAUCCAGUUCAGCAGCAGCCCAGACUACGGCAUGGCCGUUGACGUCCAGUAAGGACAGCAGGUGCAGAGGGGACCGAGGCCAACGCUGUGAGCUAUGUUUACAUGGGACCCAACGUCCUAAUCUCAUCAGCACCACUCAAGUGUUCAUGUUGUCUAUGGAAAUAAUUAAUAUGGAAGUUUGAUUAGAUUUUAUCUUGGCACUUUCUUGACUGACACGGUUUGCUACAUUUAGUUUAAUCUGUUUUAUUCAUUUUCAUAAAAGCCUUUUCAACCUGCAUUCUUGUGCUGUGUAAUUGAAGACUGAAAAGCUGUUAAAAGAAAUGAUUCUGAUUAUAUUUAACCCUUUUUAGAAAGACUUAUCUGACCUGUUUUAAAAACGUGUGA